AUGUAUAUGGCGGUGAAGAGAAUGUCAUACAGUCAGAAAGAAAUGGUGAGACAAAUGGGUUUCGGUGCGUUCCUUGAUAUAAAUUUGGAUUCAAUACCUUCUAGAUUGGCUUACUACUUGGUGGACAAAUUCAAAGCAAAAACAUCGACGAUUAAGACUAAGAAAGGGGAAAUACUUAUUACAAAGAAAACGCUUAAAGGGAUGUUUGGUUUGCCAAGUGAAGGUUUAGACUACAACCAAUUGGUGGAAUGCGAUAAAACAAAUACAGUUAUUGAAGCAUGGAAAAGUCAGUAUCCAGGAGGAAAGUUCAAUAAUGGAAACUAUGUGAAGAGGAUUCGACAAUCGGAUGUGGCGGAUGACAUGUUCAAGCUUAAUUUCCUGACAUUAUUCAUAAACACGUUUGUAGAGACAGAGAUGAGUGGGGCAAGCCGUGUUAAUUGUCUGUAG